AAAAAAACGUAUAGAUGAAGAACAUAGUGAAAAAAAAACAAGCAUCUUCAAUUACUAGUGUAUACCAAGAAAAAUAACUACCUGUGUUAUCAAGAUGUUACGCUCCAUCGAUCACAGGAGGCACCAAUACUUUAUUUCAGAGGUAAUUUCAUUGCUAACGCUUCUGGAACUACUGUGGAGGAUAAAAGGUUAAAUUAAGAAAAAGAAAUACGAGAGUAAAAAAUGAUGUGCGAAUAGCAAUCAUACAGACUAAAAUACGGCGUUCAUAAACAAAGAAAAAAUUCAGUUCUAAAUGCGUCAAUAAAACGAGAUAGAUCCUUUCCUUAAUAAUUUAUUAUCAUGAAAAGCUUUUAUAGUCUACCAGAGAUUUUUCACGGUUGAUAUUUUCUUUAAAAUAAAUAAGUUUAAGCUCUCCAACAACAUUAAAUAAAAAAGUUUUUUUCAGGAUUAAAAUUGUAACUCUACUUUUGACAAAUCAAACAUGUUCUUGCAAUUACAAAAUAGUUUAAUAAUUAAUAAUAAUUUGGAGAUGUUUUAACCAUUUACUAAUUUGAUCUUCAAACGAAGAAAAUUUACUAAAACUUUAUAGUACAAUAAUAUAAAGAGAGAGAUCAAUUUUUCUAAAACAGUACAGCUCUGUUAAAAACUAUUUGAGUAUCUCCUGAGGUACCUCAUCAAUAAGUUCAAAAGCAAUCAUACUCACGCGCUAAAUGAUACUAAAAUAUAUAAUAUGUUUUUUAGCCGUUCACACUUAGUUUUAUAAUGUAUUCAUCGAUAACGAGCUUGGUUAGCGAUUUCUAACUUGUGCAUCAUUAUGUGCAUCGAUGGAGCGUAACAUCUUGAUAACACAGGUAGUUAUUUUUCUUGGUAUACACUAGUAAUUGAAGAUGCUUGUUUUUUUUCACUAUGUUCUUCAUCUAUACGUUUUUUUCUUCCUCUGUAUCCCGUGCUGUUAUGAAAUGAAAGCUUUACACCUUUAUUUUCGUACACCAACGCAUGCAAGUCAUAUGUCAAAAUUUUUCUUGUCACAGAGCAAAACGAAACAAAUAGCCUUUUGACCUCUAAUAUGAGGAAAGUUAGUAAUGAAUUGUUCAUUGGAAAAAUUCUUCACAUGAAUGAUUCGUUCUAUCGACUACAAAAAAACAUCUUAUAACACAAAAAUUGAUGGCAAUGAAAUCGGAACAAUUCCUGAAGAGGUCCUCGUAUUAUUAUGUUUUCAUUCCAAUCUCAAAGAACAUAUGAUAAGAAACCAUGAACACUCUCUUCAAUACUUUUCUAGAAACGGUGUUCAAAAACACCAUUUUUCUUAAACCAUCGUUCCUUUUCUUUCAAAGUUUCAGUUUGAGUACCCAUCUCUGUUAGAGCUGUUUUCGAUAGUAGAUGUUUAAAGAAAACUUUCGAACUUAAGUCAUUCAAUUUUUUUGCCAGAAAACUAUCGAGUACUAUAAGCUUUAGUGAAUAUCUAAAAAGUUUUAGUUUCAUGAGAACUGAACUACUACAAGUAGUUAGUCGACUCUCAAGAUUGUAGGUGUGAAUUCAGAGAAGGCUAAAAUCCUUACUCACACCCUCUUUAAAAUUGUUCACGAUAGAAAAAACGUUUCUAUUUACUAAUCUCAUCUGUUCUUUUUUGUAUGUAAAUGAUCCAAUAUAUAUCACCAAAGCAUGAUCAUCUAUUUGUUCUUCUAUCUGAUGGACCUAUUAACGAUCUUAAAUCUAUUUUAAUAUUAUUAGAAAAUCAAUCAUAUUGCGUCAUGAUCGUUUUUUUACACGUUCAAUCGCUGAUACACUGAAUAAACGUAAUUUAAAAGAAUUAGCUAAUGGAGCUAGUGGUGGUGGUUUGGUAACUGUAUUUGAAUCCAAUUAUCGUUCAAGAUGGAAAACAAAAGUACUUCAAAUAUUUGAGCAUAUUCAUCAACCAUGUGUAACAAAUAUGUCUAUUUAUUGGUAUGAAACAAUUGAUCAUCAACAAGAAAAACUUACUAAUCAACCACCGGAAAUAAUUCAAUCUUUCUUUUAA